AAUCUGCUUGUCGUUUUUACACCAGUGUAAAUUGAACAUAACUGUCGAAAAAAAACUUGUAAUUGUUGUGGAUUUAAUUGUUGUUGCUUGUUGGACAUUUAAACAACAGUGGUUUUCAUCAAGAAUAUUGUUGGACCACUUCUAACACAAACAUGGCAUCAUUUGUUUUGAAUAGACUUUUAAAUGUCACAAGAACAACAGUUAAAGCAAUACCAAAACGUUAUAUAUCUGUUUCAUCAACACUGAGAUAUGCUCAGCCAACAAUUGAACAUACAGAAGAAACAAAACCAACAAUUCGUAAGCCACAAAUUAAAAAUCUCAAUCAAUUAAAAGAUUUUGGUCAUUAUGUUGCUGAAUGUUUACCAAAAUACGUACAAAAAGUACAAAUUGCUGCUGGAGAUGAAUUAGAAGUUUGUAUUGCUCCAGAAGGUAUACGUCCAACAUUGGCUUUUCUAAGAGAUCAUCAUAAUGCUCAGUAUACAAUUUUAGUUGAUAUAACAGCUGUUGAUGUUCCAAGUAGACCAUAUAGAUUUGAGUUGGUCUAUUGUCUACUUUCAAUGAGAUAUAAUACCAGAAUUCGUGUCAAAUCAUAUACAGAUGAACUUACACCAGUUGACUCAGUUGUUCCAAUAUUUAAAUCUGCCAAUUGGUAUGAAAGAGAAGUCUGGGAUAUGUUUGGUAUUUUGUUCAGUGAUCAUCCAGAUAUGAGAAGAAUUUUAACUGAUUAUGGCUUUGAAGGACAUCCAUUAAGAAAAGAUUUUCCACUCAGUGGUUUUAUCGAGGUACGUUAUGAUGAUGAAGUUAAACGUAUUGUAGCUGAGCCACUUGAAUUGGCACAAGAAUUUCGUAGAUUUGAGCUAUCAGCUCCAUGGGAACAAUUCCCAAAUUUCCGUGAUCCAGUACAAGCUUCAGAGGAAAUUUUUGAUGGUGCUGAUAAAAAAGAACCAACACCAAAAUAAACAAUGUUUAUAAAUAAAUAGUUUGGUAUUUAUAUAUGAAAAAUAUACUUGUAAAAAAAGAAAAAAAAAAAAAAGCCAGAUUAGAAAUAACUAUCAUAAUAAAACAAACAAAAACAUUUA